GCUAUAGGAGUGAGUAGGAGGGAGAGUAUUUCUUUUACAUAAAAUUCCUUAAGCUCAGCUGUGCCUUUUCCUCCAUAACAUUGCAGAUAGCUGUAUUGACCGGAGACUUCCUUCUUUCUAGAGCAUGUUUGGCACUUGCCUCUUUGAAGAAUACCGAGGUUGUAACCCUCAUGGCAACAGCUGUUCAGCAUCUUGUGAACGGCGAGACCAUGCAAAUGACCACUACAGUUGAUCAACGUUAUAACAUGGAGUACUAUAUGCAAAAGACGUACUACAAAACCGCAUCAUUGAUUUCAAAUAGCUGCAAGGCAAUUGCUCUUCUUGCUGGGCAAACAGCAGAAGUUUCAAUUUUGGCUUACGAGUAUGGCAAAAAUUUGGGGCUAGCGUAUCAAUUAAUAGAUGACAUUCUUGAUUUCACUGGCACAACAACUUCACUCGGGAAGGGAUCUUUGUCCGACAUU